GUUCCGGCCUUCCCAGCUGGCAGUACCUGGGACAUUCUGCUCAACAAAGGCGACGCACCAGGCAACAUCCGACAAGUCACGAGCAACAACAUCCAAGCCAUCGACAUCGAUCUCUUCGACACCGACAAGGCGACCAUUGCGGAUCUGAAGGCCACGAAACAGGUCAUUUGCUACUUCUCCGCUGGGACCAAGGAGGGCUGGCGCCCUGAUGCCGGGAGCUUCAAGGACGGAGAUGUGGGGAAGAACAUGGAUGAUUGGCCUGAUGAGGCGUGGUUGAACGUCAAGUCUGAAAAUGUCAGGAACAUUAUGAAGCUUCGCAUCAAGAAGGCCGCGGAGAGCGGCUGCACUGCCGUCGAUCCUGACAAUGUUGAUGGAUUUGUGAGUGAUGGCGGACAAGACGGCUUUGGCUACGACAAGAGCGCUUACGUCGACUACGUCAAGUUCCUAGCCCAGGAGGCUAACGCUCAAAAUCUUGCGAUGGGGCUCAAGAACGCUGUAGACAUCAUCCCUGACGUCGUCAGCGUCGUCCAAUUCGCCGUCAACGAACAAUGCCACGAAUACGCGGGCGAAUGCGCAAAAUACAAACCAUUCACCGCCCAGAACAAGGCCGUUUUCAACAUCGAAUAC